GCCUGUUUCUCGCUCGUGGUGGAGCACAAGCAAAGACGCGUGAGAAAACUGCGAGGAUUCCGCUCGUCAAGAGAGGAGGGUGUCAACACUCAUCAUGGAUGUCAGUAAAGCUAAAGGAGACCAAGUGAUGGCAAAUCCAGGUGGACAGACAGACAAACCUGUCAGCGGCCACUUUGUGGAAAGCAUGCUCCCUAAAGCAGUGAAGAGGCGAGUGCACGCCUUGAAAAGGCUACAGGUGCAGUGCGCUAACAUAGAAGCUAAAUUCUACGAAGAGGUCCAUGAGCUGGAGAGAAAGUAUGCAGCUCUUUAUUAUCCUCUGUUUGACAAGAGACGAGAUAUUGUCACAGGAGCAGUAGAACCCACAGAUGAGGAGUGUGAAUGGCACAGUGACAGAGAUGAAGAGGCGGAUCUUGCUGAGGAAGUAAAGGAAAAAGCUACUAUUGAAGAUGCAAAGAAGGAGGAAGCCAAGCCAGAGGAAGACCCAAAGGGCAUCCCUGAGUUCUGGCUCACCAUUUUCAAGAGUGUGGACAUGCUCAGUGACAUGCUACAGGAACAUGAUGAGCCCAUCCUAAAGCACCUGAAAGAUAUUAAAGUCAAAUUUUCUGAACCAGGACAGCCAAUGAGUUUCACUUUAGAGUUCCACUUUGAACCUAAUGGAUACUUCAACAACGCAGUCCUCACUAAAGUCUACAAGAUGAAAUCGGAGCCUGAUCCAUCAGAUCCGUUCUCAUUCGAGGGCCCAGAGAUCACUGACUGUGAAGGGUGUCAGAUAGAUUGGCACAAGGGGAAGGAUGUGACGGUGAAAACUAUUAAGAAGAAGCAGAAGCAUAAAGGUCGUGGCACCGUUCGCACCGUUACAAAGCAGGUUCCAAACGACUCUUUCUUCAACUUCUUUAACCCUAUCAAAGCUUUACCAGAUGGAGAAAUGGACGAAGACUCUGAGUUCACCCUAGCAACAGACUUUGAGAUUGGUCAUUUCUUCCGUGAAAGAAUAGUUCCCAGAGCAGUCCUGUACUUCACUGGUGAGGCCAUGGAAGAUGAUGAGAGUUUUGAAGAAGAGGAGCUGGAAGAGGGGGAUGAAGAGGAGCAAGAUGAGGAGGGUGAUGAAGACGAUGAUGAGGGAGACUUUGACCCCAAGCAGAAAGAACAACCUCAGCCUGCUGAAUGCAAGCAGCAGUAACCUCGAUGGUCAGGGGAGAUGGAAACCUGUUCAUCUAGUCUGUUCUCAGCCAGUCCACAAGACCUCCGACUCUCGCAGGAUCUGCCCCUUUUACAAACUCAUAGGACGCAAACCUGCGUUUUUACUGUGCAUGACUUUAAUUUUCUUGUCUUGCGCCCAGCUCUCACGUUUUAUUCAGCUUCCUUCAAACUUGAGCAGGAAAUUGACUUGACUACUAAUUAAAUUGAUUACUAAGAUAUCACAUAUAGUCUUCUUUUAAUGUUGGUAUACUUUAAAACAGCAUAAUAGGUAAAGAAUUGUUCAUGAAUAAAUCAGUUACUCAGGGUUUUUUUAAUAGCAAACAAGCGGAAUGAGUUUACUAGAAAACUGCUGAACAAGUUAAAAUAUCUGCCACUGGGUUUGUUUUUCUUUCGUUAUGGUAAAUUUUGAGACACCCGUUGUUUUUACUUUCCUUCACGUUUUAAAUGUUCAUCGUGUCAUUGAACUACUUGUUCUGGUAUCUUGACGCUGUCUGAAAUGUUACAUUUUGGGGGAAAUCUUGCAGACAGUCAGGUCUUUUCAUACCGACUCAGUUUCUCUCUGGGAUAAACGCGUCAACAAAAUGUUCAAACUGCCAAGUUCCAUUUCUGAGUUUGUGUUCUGCAUUAAUAAUGCAGAACACAAACUCUGUUCACCUCAAGGUUUAUUAAGCCCUGAUUACGAUUGACACAAGCACUGCUAAAGCUUUCGUUAAUUUUAUCUAUGCGUCAUCCUCAGCAAACUCUUUGACCUUGUGCGUUAAAGUUUGACAACACAAUUCUACAUGUUUCUAUGUGCUGAUUUAGUUUGUUGGAUUGGCUCGACUCAAGGAUUCUGUUGUAAAAAUAAUAAAAAAAAAACAUUCAAAGCUGAAACAUGCACAGUGAACCCUCAGUUUUUCUGUUAAUGUGUUUUAUUUCUUGUUUGCGUCUAGCUCUUAAAUGUUAAUUGAGACCGUGAUGGGGUUGGGUGCAGGAAGCUUGAAUAAAAUGUAAGAUUUGUUGCCAAGAAGCCAAAUGUAAAAACACACAGUCCUGUUUUUCUAAAACCAUUUGCCAACUUGUUAUUAACACACAUAAUCAAACUCAACAGGUAAAAUUGUUUAAUUCUAUACAAGUCUGUUAUUGUCUGAUAAUUCAGUGGAAUGUUUGUGGGGGGGAAUUAAACGGAACAGGGUGCCAAUGUAUUUUCCAUUCUGCACAAGGGUUUUUGACCGUUCAGUGGGAAACGUUAGCCUGAUGAUCGGUCGUUGUUGUAGUGGAACAAAUCCUGAACCCGCUGCCUCUUUUGUUUUCAAUAAGGAAUGAUUGUACAUUUCAUUAGACGGAUCUCUCAAAGCCACGGUCGACUUCUUCAAAUCGACCACAUUGGACCGUGCGCUGGCAAUGGCCUUAACUGGUUCUUAUUCACAAUUUGUUACUUGCGCAGUAUUUCUUUUCAAUUUGUACAGAGUUAGUUAAGAUAUUCUAUUAAAGAUAUGCGACAUGGAGUUGUGUUUUGGGCGUUCUUUUUUUUUGUGUGUGUCCAAUUUGGAGGAGAAUUUAAUAAAUAAGAAUGUAUUUCAGUAAAAA